CCGGCUCGGUGCGUCUCGUGUCAUGUUUCGGAUGAUCCAUCUCUCUCUACCUUCUCUCUCUAGACCUCCUCAGGCUCAGGUGAGGCUGGCGUCACUGCUCCAGCGACUGCGGACGGAUCAUGGAUGCUCAAUUACCCAAGUAAACCGGAUAUUCCAGAAUCAUGUGGCACUGUCGUCAAGUAGGAAGUUGCGGGGUGGAUUUAGAACUUUUUCUACUAGUGAAGAUUUUUCGGCAAAGAAGUGUGUGCCAUGCAACGCAAAGGAUCUGAGGCCCAUGACUGAAGAAACAGCCAAUGAACUAAUUUCAAGGGUACCUGAGUGGAACCUGGUCAAUGAAAGUGGUGUUCUGAAGCUGAAUCGUUCUUGGAAAGUGAAGAGUUUCCUUAAAGGACUGGAAUUGUUCAGGCUUGUAGCUGAAGUUGCAGAAUCUGAAGGUCAUCAUCCAGAUCUGCAUCUUGUUGGAUGGAAUAAUGUAACGAUUGAAAUAUGGACGCAUGCAGUUGGUGGGUUGACAGAAAAUGACUUCAUACUUGCUGCUAAGAUCAAUGGACUGCCCCUGCAAGAUCUGUUGAGGAGGAAAGCCAAGAGCUGAUAUGCCCUAAGAUAGUUCUGCUUACUGUGGUACACACAUUUUCCUC